AUGGCGACUCAGCAGUACUACGAACUGUAUCGGGGGAGCAGCAUCGGCGAGGCACUUAUUGACACAAUCGACGACUUAAUUAACGAUGGCCGAAUCGAGCCACAGUUGGCCAUGAAGAUUUUGAGCAACUUUGAUCGCGCAAUCGCAGAGACUUUGGCAGACAAGGUUAAAUCCAGACUUACGUUCAAGGGACAUUUGGAAACCUACCGAUUUUGCGAUGAUGUCUGGACGUUUCUGGUCAAGGAUGUGAGAUUCAAGAGUGAAGGCGGUCAAGAAUUUCGAGCAGACAAAGUCAAAAUUGUCAGUUGCAAUUCCAAGAAACCAGGCGAGGCAUGA